AUGUUUGGACACUUCAGCCACACAACAUAUGCUCCUAAAAAUACAUCAGCUUCAGUGAAUACCUCCAGCUCUGUGUUGGAGGGCCGUUCAGUGACUCUGACCUGCAGCAGUGAUGCAAAUCCAGCAGUGAACUACACCUGGUCCAGAGAGAGUGAAGGACAGAUGGAGCAGCUGCAGACUGGAGACACUCUUACCUUCGAUAGGAUCGACCUGAAACACAGAGGCUGUAUUUCAAAAUUAUUUCUUACAUGUUUGUAUUGUGUUGUAGGUGUUUGUUGUAGAGAUUUCAGCAUCAGUCUGCCACAGAACUUUCAAGCUCUCAGUGGAUCCUGUGUGAUCAUAAAGUGCAGAUUUGAGAUUGAGGAAAAACAUGACAUAAACCUUGUUCCUGAGAGUGCUGCUACAGGACUGUGGCUCAAAGAUGGAGAUAAGACGAAUGAACAUCUAGUGUUUCACUCCACAGAUCACAAAUCUAAUCACUUUAAUGGGAAAAUAACUGGAAACCUACUUGAGAAGAACUGCACCACUGUCUUCUAUAAUGUUAGUUCAAAGCACACUGGUAGAUAUUACUUCAGGAUUGAAAGUGGUGGUUUGAAAUACGUCUACACUGUAAAUACCUCCACUAUAAAUGUGAUUGACUCUCCCCCCAAACCCACAGUGCAGCUGUAUGUGGAGCAGAAGCAGGUGCAGGAUCAGGAGGAGGGGUUGGAGGGGAGCUCUGUGAGUCUGCGCUGCUCUGCUGAGACUCUCUGCUCCUCUCCUCCACCAACUCUCACAUGGAGCUCCACUCCCAGAAUCCCCCUCAGUGAGAGCAGCAGACUAGAGGAGCUCAUCUCUGAUCUGAACUUCACUGCUACUCACCGUCAGCACAGAGUCACUUUCACCUGCACUAUAACCUACCAGCUACAGGACGAGAACAAAACAGCACAGGACAACAUCACAUUACAUGUUCAGUAUUCGCCUAAAAACACAUCAGUGUCUGUGCUUCCCUCCAGCUCUGUGUUGGAGGGCCGUUCAGUGACUCUGACCUGCAGCAGUGAUGCAAAUCCAGCAGUGCUGAACUACACCUGGUCCAGAGAGAGUGAAGGACAGAUGGAGCAGCUGCAGACUGGACACACUCUUACCUUCGAUAGGAUCGACCUGAAACACAGAGGCUGGUACCACUGUACAGCUCAGAACCAACAUGGCACACAAAACUCUUCAGUGAUGCUGGACAUUCAGUAUGCCCCUAAAAUCUCUCCAUCCUCCAGCUGUGCCAGGACUGAUGUAACUGUGUGUUUCUGUGAGGCUGAUGGGAAUCCCUCUCCUGAACUGGAGUGGCAUCUGUCUGGACGUCCUGUCACUAACUCUUCAAACACGUUCAUCAGUGAAGAGCGAUUGAGCAGCACAGGCUUGAGGAGCUCCAUCACUCUUCAUCAGUGUCAAGAGGAUGAGAGUAGCCCUGUUUAUGCCAAUAAUGCCAUGCUGUCUCCUACUGGAGCUGAGAAAGAACUCCAUUAUGCCUCCAUUGACUUCACAAACAUCCAACCAGAGUCAGAAGAGAUCAGAGGCGUCUCCUCGCUGACAACUGACUACGCUGUGGUCCGAUGUUAUCCUGGUGGACUAUCAGAGGCAGAGAGCUCAAUAGGAGGUGAUCAGCUCAACAGCGGCAUCUCAGCUAGUGCCUAUGACCCCCUGUCCACCCUUGAAAGCACCUACAAUGGGCACGUGAGCAUCAGAACUGGACGAUGGAGCAGUGGAAGAAGGUUGGCUGGUCAGAUGAGUCCCAUUUUCUUCUACACCAUGUGGACAGCUGUAUUGUCCUCUAAGCAAAAGGGACUGAGCAUCUGUUAA